AUGUCGUUUGUCCCACGCACAGUGUUUCCAGAGUUUCUUCUACCGCUUUCAAACUUCAAGGGUCACCAUCAGAAGGCCCUUACGAAGUUUGGACAUUUGGCACCUCAAGUAGACUUGGUACUUGAAGUCCGAGACUCUCGGGCUCCGAUUUCCACCACCAACGUCCUUUUUGACCGGGUCUUAGCCCGUAAACAAAAACUCAUUCUCUACAGCAAGAAGGAUCUCUCCGUCUUGAAACCGGCAUUGUUGAAAAAGUGGCAUGGAGACGAGAAGUUCUUGUUUGUCGAUGCCAGAAGUAAAUCCGACGCCAAACGGAUUUUGCAGGCCGUGGAGGACCACUAUAAGACCAUGACGCCUCCACCUCCACUAGGACUACGCACUAUGAUCAUUGGAAUGCCCAAUGUGGGUAAGUCGACGCUAGUCAACACCUUGAGAUCGGUAGGUUACACCUCCCAAUUGCCAGAGGCUAUCUCGACAAAAGUACGCAAGGUGGCCAAGACCGGAGGCCAGCCGGGCGUCACCAGAAACACCAGUGAGAUCAUCCGGCUAAGCCAAGAUCCAGACAUUUUGGUCUACGAUACUCCUGGGGUGUUUCUACCUACAGUGAAAGACAGCGAGACCAUGCUUUCAUUGGGUCUAGUAGGAUGUGUUCAUACGUCGUUUAUUGACCCGGUCAUCCAGGCAGACUACUUAUUAUAUGUUUUGAAUCUCCAGGAUCCCACUGGCGGCAAGUACCGUGAAUACUUGGACCAUCCCACCAAUAACAUUGAAGAGCUCAUGCACGGCAUUGCCAAAACUCGUAAAAAGCUCAGAAAGGAUGGCACCUACGAUGAGUUGGGCAUGGCCACGUUCUGGGUCAACAAUUGGAGACAGGGCAAAAACACCAAGUUCAAAGGAUUGUUUGACAAGGAUGCCAUUUUGGAGACUAAUGUGUCUGAAAUCAAGGCCAAACUAAAACACGAGCAGGCAAGAGUCAAGGCGUCAACCGUUCACGGAAGAAUUACCAACAGUUUAGGUGACGACGGUACUGGGCUCUCUAAGAACAGAAAGCGUACUGCCAAGGACAGAGAGUAUGACUUGCGUAACCAGCUCUUCAAGUUGUAG